UAUAAAUCAAUAUGGGUUGCUGUGGAACCAAAGAAUGUAUUAAUUCUUCUUUUAUUUUAAGAACGCCUUAAAAAUGAUGUUUAAAUAAAUUAACCACCAGGUUAAAUUAAACCAUCAGAAGUAAUAUUGCAUUCCACCAUUUUAGGUUGUUGUAUAACCGAUUACAACUGGAACAAAAAGAGACUAUAAAAAAGGGGAUCUCAUAGGAAAAGGAGCUUUUUCUGAAGUCUAUCAAGCCUUAGAUAAUAAAACAGGCAAAAUUUUAGCUAUUAAAACUGUUAAAUUACAAGGAGGGAAGGAUUAAGUACAAUUUAUUUGAAAAAUUAGAUUCAUAGAACCAUAAAUGCAUUAAAAGCAGAAAUCAAACUCUUAAAAAAGUUAUAGCACAAAAAUAUUAUUAAAUACUAUUUUACAGAAAUCAGUUCUGAUCAAACCUAUGUUGACAUAGCUUUAGAAUAUAUUGCUUAAGGAUCUCUUAGGAAGGUUAUAAAUAAGGUUAGACUUGAUGAACCUAAUGUUAGAAUUUAUGCAAGAUAAAUCUUAGAAGGAAUUGAAUACCUUCAUUAAAAUAAAGUUAUACAUAGAGACAUUAAGGCUGCUAAUAUUUUAGUUGAUAGUGAUGGAACAAUUAAAUUAUCAGAUUUUGGAACAUCUAAAGUUCUAGAGUCUGAAGAAACCUUAAUAUUAUAAAAUAAAUCUUUAAAAGGAACUCCAUAUUGGAUGGCUCCAGAAGUUUGUUAAUUGAAACCUGCAUCUUUUGAAUCUGACAUUUGGUCAUUUGGAGGAGUAGUUAUAGAAAUGAUUGGAGGUUAGCCUCCUUAUGCUGACAAAUAUGGAUCAGAUAUUGAUGCUUAUGAAUUAAUAAAGAAAAUUGCUCAAGAGGAAAAACCUAAUUAUCCUUAAUAAACUUCAUCAUUAGCUAAAAAUUUUUUAGACUCUAUUUUUGUUGCACCUUAACUUAGACCAUCUGCAAGUAAAUUACUCUAGCAUCCAUUUGUAUAAAUAUUUGAUCCUUAAACUGAUAGUGAAGAAGUAGGAUUCAAAUAAUCUCUUGAUCCUGUUCCUUCUAAACGAUCAUUUGCAGGGGCUUCAAAUGGACAUAUUUUAGACAAACCUAUUAAUUCAACAUACAUAUAAUAAUAACAACUAUAAAAACAAAGAAUUGAUGAAUAAAGGCUCUAAAAGUAUACAAUUAAUUUAAUUAGGUAGAUAGAGAGAAUGGGAAUUAGCACUUAAAGAAGAGCUAAGAAGAAAAUAGCAAUAAAAAUCAUGA